GGCGGCGGACAGCCGGAAGCCCUUCAAGGAGUCCGGAUGUCGCCGGGGCGUCCUCCUUUCAGACGAGCCCGGAACUUUCCCCGUCACCGACUCACGCUGCUUUUUGUACAUCAGGGUAACGCUUCAGUUACUUUUGAAGGGGGGGGGCAGGGGGAUAGCGAGCCAUGGAGCGUGUCACGGGAGGAGGAAUGCUGCCGCUGGUUUUAGCAAGUGUUGGGGUCUUGCUGUUGUACCGGAUACUUGUCCGCCUCAGACCAGGAGCUGCUCUGCAGGAUGCUGUGGUGGUCAUCACAGGGGCCAGCUCUGGACUUGGGAAAGAGUGUGCGUGGGUCUUCCACGCUGCCGGUGCGCGGCUUGUGCUGUGUGGUCGAGAUGCAGCCCGUCUGCAGCAGCUGGUCCAGGAGCUUACAGCGUGUUCAACAGGCACACAGCAGAAGACUCAUACUCCCAGAACAGUUACCUUCGACUUGGCCGACACAGAGUCAGUGGACAGAGCCGCAGAGCAGAUCCUGAAAUGUCAUGGACAAGUGGAUGUCCUUAUCAAUAAUGCUGGAAUCAGUUACCGUGGCAACAUACUGGAGACCCAUCUUUCAGUCCAACGGGAUGUCAUGGAUACAAAUUACUUUGGGCCUAUUGCUCUAACUCAGGCUCUCCUGCCCUCCAUGGUUCGCCAGCGCAGCGGCCACAUCGUGGUCAUUAGCAGUGUCCAGGGCAAGAUCGCCAUCCCGCACAGAUCAGCUUAUGCAGCCUCUAAACACGCCACCCAGGCCUACUUUGACUGCUUACGGGCCGAGAUCGAGCGCUACGGGAUUCCGGUGAGCGUGAUAAGUCCUGGGUACAUCCGAACCAACCUGUCUCUCAACGCCGUCUCUGGGGACGGUUCGAAGUACGGAGUUUUGGAUAAAACCACGGCAAUGGGUCGGGAUCCCAGGGACGUGGCUCAGGCGGUUCUGAAGGCUGUCCGUCAGAGGAGCAAGGAUGUGGUUUUAGCAGGACCUAUGCCCACCGUGGCCAUCUACCUGCGCACACUGUGGCCCGCACUCUUCUUCAAGCUCAUGGCCUCUCGUGCUCACAAGGAGCAGAAACCGAAAGAUGAAUGAGGGCUGACGCAGUGGCCGGUGGGGAACCAGCGACUCACCAGCAGUUUCAGUCACAUGGACCAAAACAUGAAUCUGACUGCGCCGCAUGGAGCCCAAAUGGACAUGCCUUUCUUAAGUAACACUCUUUGCACUUAUACUUACCAGUAUAAGAUGAAAUAUUCUUUUGGAAAAGAUGACUAACUAUUGUUUAUAUGCCAAAGGCCACACUUUUCAUGUCAAUAUUUACGUUUGAACUGGUUUUAACACAACGAACACAAGAACACAACAAGCUGGUUUUAUAACCAUCUUUAUACAGAGGAUAAAAACACCUUUUACAAAGUGAACAUUUUUAAACAACAGGUUUUUUCCUUUUUUUCAGAUGUCAUUUUAAUAUUAAGUUAAACAGAAAACAUUUUCACAAAUGUUACCAAUAAAUAGUCCAAAUAACAAUUUAAAUUAUGUUACAAAAGCGCAGUGAAUACUGGAAUUGCCAUUUGUACAAAUAAAUCCCGAAACAAAAAACAAAUAAACCAACAUGCCAGAUUCAAAGACAAAA